AGUCGGUCAUCGCUCAGACUCUUCACCCUAUAAAUUUCCUCAACUUCCCCUCUUUCUUUCAUUCAUCCUUUCUUAUCACUAAUAGUCUUCUGAAAUUCUCACCAAUUCUUUUAUCAAAAGCGGCUUUCUAUUUUCUAUCCCAACAAGAUGCAAAUCUUCGUGAAAACCCUCACCGGGAAGACCAUCACCCUUGAAGUUGAAAGCUCUGACACAAUUGAUAAUGUGAAAGCCAAGAUUCAGGACAAGGAGGGCAUCCCGCCGGACCAGCAAAGGCUGAUUUUUGCCGGAAAACAGCUGGAGGAUGGACGUACCCUUGCCGACUACAACAUUCAGAAGGAAUCCACCCUUCAUUUGGUUCUGCGCCUGAGGGGAGGCAUGCAGAUCUUUGUUAAGACCCUUACCGGAAAAACAAUUACUCUUGAAGUUGAAAGCUCUGAUACAAUUGAUAAUGUCAAGGCUAAGAUUCAGGACAAAGAGGGCAUUCCCCCAGACCAGCAGAGGUUGAUUUUUGCUGGCAAACAACUUGAAGAUGGCCGCACCCUUGCUGAUUAUAACAUUCAGAAGGAGUCGACCCUUCACUUGGUGCUUAGGCUGAGGGGAGGGAUGCAAAUUUUCGUGAAGACCCUCACUGGAAAGACUAUCACUUUGGAGGUUGAGAGCUCAGAUACAAUUGACAAUGUGAAAGCUAAGAUCCAGGAUAAGGAGGGAAUCCCUCCGGAUCAGCAGAGGCUGAUCUUUGCUGGCAAGCAGCUUGAAGAUGGCAGGACUCUUGCUGACUAUAAUAUUCAGAAAGAGUCAACUCUUCAUUUAGUGCUGAGAUUGAGGGGUGGAAUGCAGAUUUUUGUCAAGACGUUGACAGGGAAGACCGUAACUCUUGAGGUGGAGAGUUCAGAUACUAUAGAUAAUGUGAAGGCAAAAAUUCAGGACAAGGAGGGCAUCCCACCAGACCAGCAAAGGUUGAUCUUUGCUGGUAAGCAGCUUGAGGAUGGCCGCACGCUUGCAGAUUACAACAUCCAGAAGGAAUCAACGCUCCAUCUGGUGCUCAGGUUGAGGGGGGGAAUGCAAGUUUUUGUUAAGACUCUGACUGGAAAGACCAUCACUUUGGAGGUGGAGAGCUCAGAUACGAUUGAUAACGUCAAAGCUAAGAUCCAGGACAAGGAGGGGAUCCCACCUGACCAGCAGAGAUUGAUCUUUGCUGGUAAGCAGUUGGAAGAUGGAAGGACUUUGGCAGAUUAUAACAUCCAGAAAGAAUCCACCCUUCACCUUGUCCUGCGUCUGCGUGGUGGUUUCUGAAUGCAAAUCUUUGUGAAAACCCUCACCGGGAAGACCAUCACUCUUGAAGUUGAAAGCUCUGACACAAUUGAUAAUGUUAAAGCCAAGAUCCAAGACAAGGAGGGCAUCCCUCCAGACCAGCAGAGGCUGAUUUUCGCUGGAAAACAGCUCGAGGAUGGACGCACCCUUGCUGACUACAACAUCCAGAAGGAAUCCACCCUUCACUUGGUUCUGCGCUUGAGGGGAGGCAUGCAAAUAUUUGUCAAGACGCUUACCGGAAAAACAAUUACCCUUGAAGUGGAAAGCUCUGACACAAUUGAUAAUGUCAAGGCUAAGAUUCAGGACAAAGAGGGUAUUCCUCCGGACCAGCAAAGGUUGAUUUUUGCUGGAAAACAACUUGAAGAUGGACGUACUCUUGCUGAUUAUAACAUUCAGAAAGAGUCGACCCUUCACUUGGUGCUCAGGUUGAGGGGAGGAAUGCAAAUCUUCGUGAAGACACUCACCGGAAAGACUAUAACCUUGGAGGUUGAGAGCUCGGAUACAAUUGACAAUGUUAAGGCUAAGAUACAGGACAAGGAGGGAAUUCCUCCGGAUCAGCAGAGGUUGAUUUUUGCCGGUAAGCAGCUUGAGGAUGGCAGGACUCUUGCUGACUACAAUAUUCAGAAAGAGUCCACCCUUCAUUUGGUACUCAGGUUGAGGGGUGGAAUGCAGAUUUUUGUUAAGACUUUGACAGGGAAGACCAUUACUCUUGAGGUGGAAAGUUCAGAUACAAUUGAUAAUGUGAAGGCAAAAAUACAGGACAAAGAGGGCAUUCCCCCAGACCAGCAAAGGUUGAUCUUUGCAGGUAAGCAGCUUGAGGAUGGGCGCACACUUGCGGAUUACAACAUUCAGAAGGAGUCAACCCUUCAUCUCGUGCUCAGGUUGCGAGGAGGAAUGCAAAUUUUUGUUAAGACUCUAACUGGAAAAACCAUCACAUUGGAGGUGGAGAGCUCGGACACCAUUGAUAAUGUGAAGGCUAAGAUCCAGGACAAGGAGGGGAUCCCACCAGACCAGCAGAGGCUGAUAUUUGCCGGAAAACAGCUGGAGGAUGGACGCACCCUUGCCGACUACAACAUUCAGAAGGAAUCCACCCUUCACUUGGUUCUGCGCCUGAGGGGAGGCAUGCAGAUCUUUGUAAAGACCCUUACCGGAAAAACAAUUACCCUCGAAGUUGAAAGCUCUGAUACAAUUGAUAAUGUCAAGGCAAAGAUUCAGGACAAAGAGGGCAUCCCCCCAGACCAGCAGAGGUUGAUUUUUGCUGGAAAACAACUUGAAGAUGGCCGCACCCUUGCUGAUUAUAACAUUCAGAAGGAGUCGACCCUUCACUUGGUGCUUAGGUUGAGGGGAGGGAUGCAGAUCUUCGUGAAGACCCUCACGGGAAAGACUAUCACUUUGGAGGUUGAGAGCUCAGAUACAAUUGACAACGUGAAAGCUAAGAUCCAGGAUAAGGAGGGAAUCCCUCCAGAUCAGCAGAGGCUGAUCUUUGCUGGCAAGCAGCUUGAAGAUGGCAGGACUCUUGCUGACUAUAAUAUUCAGAAAGAGUCAACUCUUCAUUUAGUGCUGAGAUUGAGGGGUGGAAUGCAGAUUUUUGUCAAGACGUUGACAGGGAAGACCGUAACUCUUGAGGUGGAGAGUUCAGAUACUAUAGAUAAUGUGAAGGCAAAAAUUCAGGACAAGGAGGGCAUCCCACCAGACCAGCAAAGGUUGAUCUUUGCUGGUAAGCAGCUUGAGGAUGGCCGCACGCUUGCAGAUUACAACAUCCAGAAGGAAUCAACGCUCCAUCUGGUGCUCAGGUUGAGGGGGGGAAUGCAAGUUUUUGUUAAGACUCUGACUGGAAAGACCAUCACUUUGGAGGUGGAGAGCUCAGAUACGAUUGAUAACGUCAAAGCUAAGAUCCAGGACAAGGAGGGGAUCCCACCUGACCAGCAGAGAUUGAUCUUUGCUGGUAAGCAGUUGGAAGAUGGAAGGACUUUGGCAGAUUAUAACAUCCAGAAAGAAUCCACCCUUCACCUUGUCCUGCGUCUGCGUGGUGGUUUCUGAGUGCUGCAUCUAUAUGCAGUUGAAGGCUGUCUCUUGAAGUCGGCAGUCUUUUGUGUUUGUCUGCUUGAUUUCUGUCCGUGUCCAAGCCAUGGGCCCUAAUAGCUUCCUAAGUAUGUGUGUUUUUUUUAAAUGUAUAGUUUAGGGAUUUGGUGGUGGUGUUCCAUGUUUGUGAUGGGAAUUAAUGGCGGUGUUAUUCGAUAAGAUAAUAAAGUUUCAUGUUUGGUCUUUUGAA